GGGGCCAGAGAGCGAUGCGAGGUUCCACGAUUGGAAUGAGAUGGUUUGAGAGCGGCAGACGCAAGCCGCAAUACGCCAGAUUCCUGUAAGUGUGACGCCUACGAGUGGGAGCAUCGUUUGGAUGGCUCGAACAUGCAUGCACCUGCUUGCUUCUGGCGAUUUGACCCCUACUGAACUCUGUUGCUCUGUGCUGCCCGGCUUGGAAGAUUUUCAUGGGCGCAUGAAACACUCGACGAGAAAGGCGUUGCGUGGAGUGUGCUGGAGCAGCAAAGCAGAACGUUCUCUAGGUCGAUGGACCAACCAAAGCACGGACAAGCCCGAGAGGACUUGUAGCUGAGACGAAAGGGCGAAAGAGGUGACCUUUGGAUGACGAGACGACAAUGUAUGAGCGCAUCGAGCUGUACAAGGGCUUCUGCGAGCACGAGCAAAGCGGGAUAUGUUUUUGUUGUUCUUUAGUGACUGCCGCUACGAUGCCGUGCGCAUGCGCUGGGGUGUGGUGUGGAAGAUGCGGGUGCACACGCAUGUUUUGCAAGCUGGGAUCAAAGACUAGUCGUACUCUCCAUCGGCAUUGCCACCACCCCUUGCGCCUCUUGCAUAGCUAUCUAGCGCAUCCUCGUCGUCCCCAUCGCCAUCAUCAAAGUAAUCUUCAGCCGCG